GUGCCUCAUGCAGUGUUGGAGGCUGGGCUGCAGGCUGAGUUAGACUCCACGCCAGUAGAAGGGCAGUGACUCAGUCAAUGGAGAGACUGAUCCAUCGUGCAGAGUGUGGCAAGUGAGGGAUGCGAUGCCUGUAUGAGUCCAGGUGGAAUGAAGAGUAGGAUCAAGAGUUUUGAUGCAGGGUUGAGGUUAUAUUGCGCCAUGGCACGGAUUUGCACUCUCGCAAACGGGCAUUUUGCAAAGAUGACAUAGCACUUGAAAAAAUGGGAUUCCACCAGGAACAGAACUCACUCACAACCUGAAUGAAAAGAGGAAAGGGAUUCUAAUCACGCCGGAAUUCACUUUGGUCGUUUCAUUCUUAUACCUGGCGGUUGUGAGCAGAGUGAACUAUGAAUCUGGGUAAAGCACUUUUGUUUUUCCUCCUGUCCAACUGUGUGACAAUGAUUUUGUCACUAUCCACUUGCACCACUGUGGACAUUGACCACAUCAAGAAGAAGAGAGUAGAGGCGGUCCGGGGACAGAUUCUCAGUAAACUUCGACUGACGAGUCCGCCUCAGACAACAGGUCCGAGUCAGGUACCGUUUCAGGUUCUGGCCCUUUAUAACAGCACCAAGGAGCUAAUUGAGGAGCUGGGAAGAGACAGGCAGCAAAGCUGUGGGCAGGAUAACACAGAGACUGAAUACUAUGCCAAAGAGAUUUACAAGUUCAACAUGAUCAAUGGUCCUCCAGAAAACAAUGACCUCCCCUACUGCCCAAAGGGGAUCACUUCCAAGGUAUUCCGCUUCAACGUCUCCACCAUGGAGAAGAACUCCACCAACUUGUUCCGGGCCGAGUUUCGAGCUCUGAGGAUCCCCAACCCCGGUGCCAAGAAAAACGAGCAGAGGAUCGAGCUCUACCAGAUCCUCCAGAAAGAUGACCCCAAAGCCAAACAGCGCUACAUCGGGGGCAAGAACGUCCUGACCAAGGGGAUGUCUGAGUGGGUCUCUUUUGAUGUUACAGAGACAGUGAGGGAGUGGCUCAUGUACAGACAGACCAAUCUUGGCCUGGAGAUCAGCGUGCACUGUCCAUGUCACACUUUCAAGCCCAACGGGGACAUAAUUGAGAACGUCAACGAGGUGCUAGAGGUGAAGUUUAAAGGUAUGGAGGCAGACUUUGACGAUCUGAGCCGCACCAAGAAACAAAGGGAGCAGCUGUACCCCCAUCUCAUCCUCAUGAUGCUGCCCCCCCACAGGCUCGACGCACACUCGUCCUCCCGCAGGCGCAAGAGAGCACUUGACACCAAUUACUGCUUCAACAAUUACGAAGAGAACUGUUGUGUGCGGCCACUUUAUAUUAACUUCCGCCAGGACUUAGGUUGGAGGUGGAUCCAUCAGCCUGAAGGCUACUACGCCAACUUCUGCUCUGGUCCCUGUCCUUAUCUACGCAGCGCUGACACCACCCACAGCACCCUGCUGAGCCUGUACAACACCUUGAACCCGGAGGCGUCGGCCUCACCCUGCUGUGUCCCCCAGGACUUGGAGCCCCUCACCAUCCUCUACUACGUGGGUCGCUCGCCUAAAGUGGAGCAGCUGUCCAACAUGGUAGUCAAGUCCUGCAAGUGCAGCUAAGAGGCUUCAGGGAUCACAGAGACACUUCCUGCACUACUCAGGAGCGACUCAAAGGGGUUUGGGGAGCGUCCACUGCCCCUUCUUCAGCCUUGUCCAAGCUCCAUAACAGACAAUGACAGCAUCUGGUCAAGUUGACUGAUGGCGCCGUCAAACCCAACAGACCUCUCGGUGACCGUUCCUUAAUCGUCUUUCUUACGUUCUAUUUCAUAUUCCAGCAUUUUCAACAGCGCGUACCUCAGUCUAUUCUCAUCCUGUUUUGAUCAAAAGAAGAACAGAACAAAACUUGUCUUGGAAUGACCACUGCAUUCUUAAGGACAUAGAAAUAAUUGCAGUCCAAAAGACGGUGGAAAAAACAGAAAAACGACUGAGAAGAGAGACUGAACUCAGCAUGACAGGACACACAGGACACGUUUGGAUGUCCAAGCUGGAAAGCAAUGCUGUGCUACACUGUGUAUUUAGGAUUAAAUGCUGUUGAAUAAAAAUGAUUUUAGGAAAAUAUGAUAAAAAUGCUGGAAACCAACCUAUUCAAAGUCGUAUUUCAAUGUUGAUGUUAAUACCUCUGCAUUGCAACAGGGAUGAUUUCACUUGAAAGUAAAGCCUGUCUGUUGUAUGAGAGCGAGGGAUGGGCAUUGGACUACAUUUCCUUGAGGUUGACUAACAAUUAAGCGAUGGAUUGUCAUUGUUUUCUUUUUUUGUAUUAUUUUUCAAGGGAUGGGAGAAUCUGUCUCUGAAUGUUCUGAACCCCUGUUUCCAUGCCAGUGUUGUAAAGAGCAGCCAUACAUAGCGUGAAUGUAACUCAACGUCACGUCAAGUCGUGCACUCCACUUCGCCACAUUUUCUUCAAAACAAUACAAUCAUUCACCUAAAUUCCUAAGGCUCAGUUAGUGGAUUAUUAUGCCCAUCCUGAAUGAGAGCAUGCAACUGAACACUAAUUUAGGUCACAAACUGUAAAUUAUGUUCUUAUUACUCUUGGAACCACCUUUUUUUUAAUUAAAUGACAGUUGGGUAGAUUUGUUAAGCAGUUUUGGAAAUUUUGUGUUGUUUUUGUUUGUAUAAAGCACUUUAAUUUAAAGGGUAACAACAGAGUCAAUCCAGAUGACCAGAAAGCAGAGAUCCACAUCUUUCACUGUUUUUACUGUAUGUCGAGCGUACAUUUGGAUAUGAUCAUCAGGUAUUUCAUAGAUGUCUCAGAGUUUGCUACAGCCCCAGUGAUUCCCCAAAAAAUAGCUAACAUUUCCAUGCGUGAGAGUUGUAAACAGUCAGGGAUUGUCAGUAAACUAAACUGCAGUAGCGCAGUACAAACACAAAUACACACUGAUAUGGAGUCUUGUAAGAAAGCAUGCGCCGGUGUAAAUACACAACAUGACAUCUGACAUGACGGCCGUGCAUUGCGAAUGUUACAAGAUAAUCCAAAAAUUGAAUAUGACAGUCUGUGCAAAAGUCAACAGCAGCAGAUAUCAGAAUGACAUGUGUGAAAUUCAAGUAUUUCAUUCGACGUGAUCACCAACAUAUGCUGAAUCUAUAACUACACAACGACAAGUUUUUAUUAACAACACACCCUGAGGUUUCUCUUUAUCCACUCACAAAAGUGAGCACACUCCUCACAUUUCAGCAACCAUUUUUAUUACAGCAUAUCUUCUCAAGGCACAAUGCUAAAGAAAUGAAACGUGAAUAUACUUUACAGUAGUCCGUGUACAGGACAGCCUUUAGAACUAUAGGUUUACUUUUCAUUCAAUCCAUCUAAAUUGCUGGCAACAGAAUUACAGAAAUAAUUGUGUCUUACCUACGGUCAAGCAUUGCAGUGGUAGUGUCAUGGUCUGGGGCUGCAUGAGUCCUGCCGGUACUGGGGAGCUGAAGUUUAUUGAGGGAAACAUAAAACCCAACAUAUACUGUGACCUUCGGACACAGAGCAUGGUCCCUUCCCUUUGGAAACUGGGCCGCAUGUCAGUUUUCCAACAUGGUAACAAACCCAAACACUCCUCCAAAUGACAAGUACCUUGCAGAGGAAGCUGAAGGUGAAGGUAAUGGACUCUCUAGACUUAACCUAAUUGAGCACCUGUGGGACAUCUUCAAGUGGAAGGUAGAGGAGUGCAAGGUGUCGCAUCCACCACUGAUGUCAUCACGGAAGAGUGGAAGAGAAUUCCAGUAACAACCUGUGCAGCUCUGGUCAAUUCCAUACCCAAGAGGAUUAAGGCAGUACUACUUGCACGAUGGUGCUCGCACUACAUAGUCACACUUUGGACAUGUUUACUGUGAGGUGUACUCACGUGUGUUGCCAGCUUUCCAGAAAUAAAGGCUGUGUUGACUUAUUUCCAAGGACAGUAACUCUAUACUGCUAUACAAGCUGUACACUGACUAGUCUAAGCCAUAACCAAGUUUUGUUUCUGUAGUAUGCCCCUUGAUAUUGGCUGAAAUGUGAGCGUUGUACUCAUUUUGCGAGCAACUGUAUAUCCAUGAGGAUGCUGGUGCACACGUGCACCAUUAACCUGCGUUGUGCAUCAACAUGAGGUUCAUCUUUUGUAUAUGUAAUGACACGAUAAUUUACUCAACAUAUUAAAUGAGGUCCAUCCAUCAAAAAAAACAUCCAUGUGUCAAUAAAUUAAGAGAAGAGUCACAAGCCGUCAGCAAACGUUGCUAUAAUUAAACACAUCCUUUGGCCGGAGAGGAGCACAGAGUCAGAUUUGGUAACUGUGUUUCCAACCUGUGUCCAAGUCAGUGUCUAAUGCCAGGAACUUGGCAGCGUGCUCACCAUUCAUGGGAUGUCUCUCACUGGAGGUUGCGGGAGGGGUAGCUUCAUGUGAAUAGCUAGCAUAUUAAAUGCCAACAGGGCAUGUGCUGAAAGAUAUCUGCCAGUGAAAUCUUUCCGUGGCAUUGAUGGCACGGAGAGAAAAAAAGGGGGGAAAGAAAGGGGGAACUGUUGGCGUGGAGACUGCAGUGCAGGCUGGAAAGAGCCACGUGCUCUCCGGCUGCACAACAAAUCCCAAACUGCGUCAAAGCUGGGAAUUCCGUGCCUGGCACGCCAUCUCCUGCCAUGUCUGUGGCAGUGUGACAGACAAAUGAAUAGCGCCCUGGCAAGCUU